AAAAUUUUAAUCAUCCAUUAUUUAUCCCUAGGUUCUUAAGAUUAUGUGCAAGAUGCUGAGUUAGACAAAGACAGAAUACGGUGAUCUAAUGUUUGCCUCUUUGUCUCCUAGAGUUCUACAAUUAUUUAACAGUGGAUACACGUAGUCCAUUCUAUGUAUCGAUGGAAUAUUCUUUGGAAUUGACAGCUAUCUUCUCUUUGUUAUUAUAUGUACCAAGCUGAUAGAAGCACGAUUUGUUCUUCUGAGACCUGUAUCAUUUCCUUAUAUAGAAAUUUAGGGCACGAAGGCUUCAAAAUCAAUUAUCAUGGCCCGUGUAAUAAGUCAAGAAACUUAUAAUGAAGCUGUUAAUGAAAAUAUUGAAAUAUUUUCUAUGUCACCCGAGGAAGCUAUCGAAGAAACUGUAAAACAAUUUAACUCACAGGGAGUAGAUCUAAGCAAUAUUAUUAAAGAUUUAAUUAUAACGCAAGAUCAUGAUUUAAUAUUGACUUACCUAGAUCAGCUUAGAUCUGCUCUGACCAAAAAACAUUAUGAAAAAAUUCCUCAUGUGCUGGAUAAGCUUUCUGUCCAAUUAGAUAAGGACAUUGCACGUAGAGUAUAUGCUGGAAAACGAGGUUGUUAUGGUAUUUUACUUAACAUUAUGAAAGAUUGCAAAUAUGAUACUUUGAUACUUAAAUCUGCGUUAGAAACUAUUACCUCGCUAAUGACUGGUAAUCCAGAUUUAUUGGAUGACAAAGGUGUUUCUAUUCAAAUGGAAAUUUUAGAUAAACAGGAGGACAAAUUGGUGUUACAAUGUUUGUUACGUUGGAUAAGGGCAUGUUGUAUCAAACACGAAGCAAACAGACAAAACAUAUUUAAUGCUGAUAUUUUUAAUAGACUUAAAAAGAUAUUAACUCGUGAUAAUGCGACAGCAUCGGAAGUACGAGAUGCAUGCUCCGUAAUUAGAGCACUUGUAUUAGACGAUGAUAUUAGACAUGAAUAUGGAAAAGCACAUGAACACGCGACAGUUAUAGCAAGGGGUGCAUUGGAUGUACUUACUGGUUUAUUGUCCAGAUUCAAAAACGAGAAAGCGGUAAUGGGUGACCUGAUGAUCACACUGGCUUCGUUAAUCGUAAGAAAUGAAUUUUGUCAGGACGUGACAGAUGCGGGUGGCUUAAAAUUUGUUCUAGACAUUAUCAUUAAUUAUCCUGAUUCUGAGAAAUUAAAUUGGCAAGCUUUGAAAUUAUUAAAAGCUCUUGCUGGCAAUGACAAUGUGAAAUCGCACAUAGUGACUGCAGGAGGUGGACCUUUAAUAGUUUCUGUAAUCAGCAGAUUCAAGAAAUUUGAAGGUAUUGUUAUCGCUGGACUUGCAUGUAUCUCUGCGUUAACAUUAAGAAGCCCAUCGAACGCAGGAGUGUUUUAUGAUUGCGGAGCACCAAGAAUAAUCAUCGAUUGUAUGAAGUCUUAUCUUAAGAACUUAAACGUUUUAAAGCAAGCAGCUUGGGCAAUAAGAAAUAUGUCUGUAAGGAACAAAUUGGAAUGCAAAGAAUUUAUUGCUUAUGGCGUUGAAGAAAUAUUAAACAAUGCUCUAAAGAUACAUGGAACUAAAGGAGAAAGCGAUAUAAAGGCUGCUUUAAGAGACUUAGGAUUGAAGGUUGAAUUGAAAGAGAGAUGGACUGGCAAGGGUGCCAAAUUGAAUAGCGAAGCAGAAAAACGAGCUUCAUAAGAAUGAUAAUGUCUUCGAAGAAAUUUUAAAAAGGAAUCUUUCGAGUGGAAAAUUAAUAGUAGAAACCAUUUUCACAUCUCAUACUCGCAAUAGUUUUCAUUAGAUUUCCUUUUUCUCUCUAUAUGCGUAGAGACACGACGGGUUGCGAUGAUCAAGGCGCUACACGAUUGAAAAUUAUUAAUUUAUCAAAUAUCACGGAUAUAUUGUAUGUAUGUAUCAAUGUGUACUUACCAAAUAAACUAUUUCCAGUUAAGUUUUUCAAAUAUCAAGGAUAAUUAAUGAAAUAAUUAACGGAAUGCUGACGUUUCUCAAAAGUAAAUUGUUAUUAUCUUCUAACAAUCGGAAUUAUUUUUAUAUUUCUAUCACAAAACUUUUACAAUUCUUACUAAUGACCGAUUGAUCUUGAAAACGACAAAAAAAUAAAAAAAAAAAAGAAAUAAAAAAAUAAA